AUGAAGUUUGCCUGUCUUUCCUUCCGAUAACCAUAUGCUGGCUUAGUUUUAAAUAAAGUCAAAACGAUAGAGACCCGUUGGCGACCAUUGCUGGCCAAGUACAAGUCCUGCACCCUUGCUAUCCACAUUGCUUUUAAAGACUGGGAUGACAUAACCUGGAAAGAUAUCCUUGGGAGCAGACUUGGCAUGACGCUGCCUCAGAUUGAAGGAUUGCUAUAUGAAGGUGAAAAGUUUGGCAGAGGUGUUAUAGCUGGGCUAAUUGACACUGGAGAGACAUCACAGUGUCCAGAAAACUUACCUCCUGAAGAUCUUCUGGAUCUGGAAAAUAAAGCCAUACUCUUGGGCUUGGAGCAGAAAUACUUGACAGUUAUUUCAAACCCGAGGUGGUUGCUAGAACCAAUUCCUACCUGAGGGCGCAAAGAUGUCUGGCAAGUGGAAAUCCCAGAUGAGCUCAUUCCUUCCAUGUAA